GGAGGAAUUUUUAUCUAGCGUCGUUGCUUAUACUGCCUGAUAUAUGACAUUCCAUUGGUCAUUUUGCAGGUUAACACAUUUUUUGUUUCAAGAUGUCCAUCGCGGAAUCACUAUCGCAAGAGCUUUCAAAGAAGCUUAGCAUAGGCUCAGUCCAUAGUAAAUCACAGGAAGCUGGUUCUAGAGAGGAGUAUGUGCAAAGUCGCAUUAAUCGCGCGAUACACAUACACGACCUAACUAAACACACAAUACGCCAGGCGUGGAUAUUCUUGAACAAUGCUACUAAAUAUGACUUCAACGAUCAUAAGCAGGAUGGCAGUGAGUUCCCUGAGGCUACUGCUUACUACAAGUAUGCCAAAUUCUCUUCCAUAGUAUACCUCUAUAACUUCUCUGUUGGCAUCUGUCUUUGUGAUGUCGUGAAAUACGACUGGACAGGGCAACCUAAAAAAGGAAUUGGCAAAAGCAAUGGCAAAAUUAAGCCUGAGCCCUUUGCAGUGGUAAUUUUAUGUAUAGCGGUGCUUCCAACUUACCGGGGAGUCAACCUGUCUAGAAAGCUUUACGACCAUACCAUGAAUAAAGCUAUCGAGGCCCGUUUUCACAAGAUAUUUGCACUUGCAGAUGCGGAAACGGAGGGAUUCUAUAAUAAACUCGGCUUCACUAAAACCGAUUAUGAACCUCUUGACCAAUCUGAACUCAAGGUGAAGCUCAAUGGAACUCCAUGUCAAUUCACCGUAAUGGAGUACACAAUUAACCAAGGCCAAUAAAAACAUUUUCUAAUGUAGUUAAUGC